UAAAAUACAUUAAAACCACGUUUGCGUGAAUAUAUUAAGGCGCCAUGAAUAUUCACUCGUAAACAUUUAAAACGUCAACUUUUAAAACGAGUAUAAACGCAUUGGUAAGAUGAUUAUGCAAAUGUAUGCUAAUAACUCAUGGAAAACUGAGCCGAGGCGGCGUCGGAAAGCAGCGGUAACCGAGACGUGGAAGCGGUUUCUAGGGGCCUAGUCCCCGCGUCGUCAUGUGAUCAAUGUUUCCCUUACUGGGUUUUCGGCCACGGAUCCCACUAGGGUCGGUUAACUGUAGUCCCAGCGUGCCUCUCCCCGUACAGAACUACAAACAUGGCCGCAGUGCAUAGACCCUUGAAUAGUCUAUUGUCCUAAUCUCCCAGUCCUCCUCCAGCCGAUAACGUGAAGUGUGGACUACGACUCCCAGAAUCCAUUGCAGGACACCACCUUCGUUGCUUCCGAGGGCCACCGAAAUACCAGACAGACCCAGUUUAUCAUGUACAAUCGCGGGAGCCCACGGGACAUCACGUGACCUCAAGUUAACCCACCCACUCGGUUUCCACUGCUGAGUUCACCGGGAUCGGAGAACUACAAUCCCAGUGUGUCUUGAGCCGCACAGAAGACUACAAACAUGGCCGUCGAGUACGGGCUUCUGGGAUAUUUUGUAGUCCCCAUUUCCUUCCCCUUCCACUCCAUAAACCGCGGAGCCACCGAAGACUACGAUUCUCGGAAUACCCUGCACUGUUGCGCUUCAUCACUGUAUCAGAUCUGUCCCGCGCAGCUUUCCAGGAGAACCGGAGGUCGUCCUGAUCCCGUUGAACCCUUCACGUGGCCGGAGACAUCAUCGGCCCCCGAUGUCACCGGAGUCACUGAGGGGUGAUUCCGGAGCUGACAUCCCAACCCCAGACCUCCGCCUGGUUCAGCCCUGGUGAGACCCAGAUACUGCGUUCCCGCGUCACUCGGAAGCUCCACAUCACCGUGAAUGCGUAGUUAGGGGGACAUUUCUCACGCCUCACGUCAGCGAGGUCCCUUGGCCCCUUCAAUGGCUACCACUGCCGACCCUGUCCCGCAUGCACAGGCAUCCAGGACCCCAAGGAGGACAUCAAGCCCCUAUGCCACGGACAGAAAUGACGGUGUGUGAGGAGAGGGCACGUUACCAUGACCCACGCGUGACAUCACACGAUGGAUAAUGGCUGCCAUGACUGAUACGCAUGAGGCCUUGAGACCCUCCCUCCUGUGACACGCCCCAAACACGCUACGGAGGCCACACCCUCCCUGUGUAUGUGUGUGUCACCUCCACUGGCCUUGCCACUCCGGAUGCCCUGGUGAACCAUGCCUUUGCCCUGGGGACUGUCAUGGCUGACACGGCGAGCACCAUCAGAUGUGACAAUGAGCCUGAUGACUAGUGUGAUACCAGCUUUUGAACACAAGGCAUUAAGGGUGAUGAAAACCGUGACACCGAUCGUGACAUCAAGCGAGGUGAAAAGUGUGAAAAGCAUGACAUUGGGUGCGCUGCUGGUGUGCCUAGCUGUGGCCUCCCUGGCCGCAUGUGUGUCCUGCUCCUCGCUGCCGCCCGAGGACUCUGGGGAGGGGGCAGGGCCCGUGGUGGUGAGCACGCGAUACGGGCUGCUGCGGGGCAUGCGCGUGCCCCUGCCGGGCGGCUCUCUGGGCCCCGUAGCACGCUUCCUGGGCGUGCCCUACGCCGCCCCGCCCACCGGCCCUCGCCGCUUCCAGCCGCCUGAGCCUCCGGCCCCGUGGCCCGGCGUGCGAGGGGCCGCGCGCUUCGCCCCGGUGUGCCCCCAGGACGCCGACACGCGCCCCGACCCCCGCGCCAUGCUGCCCGCCUGGCUCGCCGCCGACCCCGAUGCCGUGGCUGCGCACGCGCGCGAGCAAGACGAGGACUGCCUCUACCUCAACCUGUACGUGCCGGCGGGCGUGGGAGGGCACCUGCGGAACCUCGCGGAUGACCCAAGCAGCGACGAGCGUGGGGACGACCCAGACACCCGCGACCCAGCCACACGCAAGCCAGUCAUGGUGUUCAUCCACGGCGACUCAUACAUGGCAGGCACGGGGAACAUGAUGGACGGCAGUGUGCUGGCGAGCUAUGGCGAUGUCAUUGUGGUCACGCUCAACUACCGGCUGGGCGCGCUCGGCUUCCUGAGCACGGGCGACCCUGCAGCGCGUGGGAACUACGGGCUGCUGGACCAGAUGCAGGCGCUUCGCUGGCUGCGUGAGAACGCGGUCGCCUUCGGCGGGGAUCCCGCCCGUGUCACGGUCUUCGGCUCGGGCGCCGGAGCCUCGUGCGUGAGCCUGCUCACGCUGUCGCACUACUCGGAAGGCCUGUUCCAGAAGGCCAUCAUCCAGAGCGGCACCGCACUGUCCAGCUGGGCUGUCAACUACCAGCCGGCGGUGUAUGCACGCAUGCUCGGGGCCCGUGUGGGCUGCGGGGGAGACGUGAUGUCGGCGACCCCGCUCCCGGACGCUGCGGCGACGCCACCCCCGGAUUCCUCGUCUCACGAUCUGCCUUCCGCAUCAGCUGCGCUAGUGGCCUGCCUCCGUCGCCGUGGGGCCCGCGAGCUGACCCGGGCCGCGGGUUCGGUGCCCGCGUCCUCACCAUUCCAUGUGGCCUUCGGGCCAGUGAUCGAUGGAGAUGUGGUGCCGGACGACCCGCAGAUCCUCAUGGAGCAGGGUGAGUUCCUCAACUACGACAUCCUUCUGGGCGUCAACCAGGCGGAGGGCGUGGCCCUGGCAGACCCCGCCCACCCCGACAGCCUCGGGGAUAUAAUGGCUGACGGUGAGGAGGAGGUGUCGGCUGCCGGCUUCGAACUCGCUGUUGCUGCCUUCGUGGAUGCGCUGUACGGCUACCCAGGAGGGGAUGUGGGCGUGGCCGGCUGGAGCGGUGGAGCCGGCGGGGACUCCGCCCUUCGCGAGACGGCGCGCUUCAUGUACACGGACUGGGCGGAGCGCGAGGGCGGGGCGGGGUCACGGCGCCGCGCCUUGGCGGCCAUGAUGACGGACCACCAGUGGGCGGCGCCCGCCGUGGCCACGGCCGACUUGCACGCCCGGUACGGCUCGGCCACCUACUUCUACGCCUUUGCACACCCGUGUCGGGGGGACGCGCACCCCGCCUGGGCGGCCGAAGCGGGCGCUGCCCAUGGCGACGAGCUGCCCUUCGUAUUCGGGGUCCCGAUGCUCGUGCUGGCGGCGGCCGGUGAUGGCAGUGUCGGAGGAGUCGGAGGCGAAGGCGCAACGGGAACUGAUGUCGCUGCGGCCACCGCCGCUGCCCUCUUUCCAUGCAACUUCACGCGCAAUGACGUGAUGCUCAGCGCCGUCGUCAUGACGUACUGGACCAACUUCGCCAAGACCGGGGACCCCAACCGUCCGGUACCCCAGGACACCAAGUUUGCGCACACACGCCCCAACCGCUUCGAGGCAGUAGCCUGGCCCAAGUACACUCCCCGAGAGCGCCUCUACUUGCACGUGGGACUACGGCCACGCGUGCGUGACCACUACCGUGCUACCAAGGUGGCUUUCUGGCUAGAGUUGGUGCCACAUCUUCAUGGGCUUCGUGAGGCCUUCCCCUACCUGACCACGCCGACAGCUGCUCCACACGUCCCGACUGGACCGCGCAGGGUGUGGCCGCCCACGCGCCGCCCAGCUCUGCCCUCCUUGGGGAGGCCAGCCUCCUCCUCCUCCGCAUCAUCCUCGUCCUCACAGGACUCGAAAGUGGGUCCAGGCGAGGCUGUGCUCAUCGAAACUCGCCGGGACUACUCUACGGAGCUCAGCGUCACCAUCGCUGUAGGUGCUUCUCUCCUCUUCCUCAACAUCCUGGCCUUCGCUGCCCUCUACUACAAGAAGGACAGGCGGCGCCACGAGACCCACCACCGAAGGAUGGCUGCUUCUGGUGCAACUUCAGGGUUCGCUUCGGCUUCCGGGACAGCUUCUGGCCCAACUUCCGAUUUUGUGUCAGCUUCUGGGCACGCUUCUGGUCCCGCUUCGGGUUUUCCUUCUACUUCUGGUCCCACUUCCGGAUUUGCUUCCACCCACUGUUCCGGAAAUGACACCGGUAAGCGAGGCCGAGAGGAGAACCCCGGGGCGAUGGUGACAUCAUCGGUGACAUCGCCCUCCUCCCUUGAUGCCGCCCUUCGGCUGCCCACCGGCCCACCUGACUACACGCUCACGCUGCGCCGUGCCCCAGAUGAUGCCCCACCCCUCACUGCGCCUAGUGCUAUCACCAUGAUGCCCAACGCACUGGCUGGGCUCCCACAGCUUCACACCUUUGGUCACUCCACCACACGGGUAUAGCGGGAGAGUGUUUGCCCUUCCCCACAAGCUCGUGUCAUCAAUGCCGAGGGGACCCUGGAAACUGCUGCUGCAGAUUGGGUGCAUCAGAAACUGACCUUAGGACCAUAAAAAUGGCUUGGGGGAGUCUUGAAACUACCAUAAAGACUCUCAACACACCACAGGUGAUCUGGAACACCGGAAACUGACAUGAGGACCCUCAAAAUGGCAUGAAGGACCUUUGAAACUUCCAAGGAUACCCUAGAAACGGACACGGGGGAUCAGGCACCCCAGAAACUAACAUUGAGAAUGGUAUGGGGAACCCUUUGAACUGCCAUGGGGAUCCUAGAAAUUACAACAGGAUCUCUACAAACUGGCAUUGGGACCCUCGUAAUAAGCAGGGGACCCUAGAAACCAUCACAUCUAUUCUACAAACUGCCACUAGGAUGGGGGACAUAAGCAACUGACACGAGGACCCUAAUAAAUGGCAUGGGAGACCUUAGAAACCACCGCAGGAGACCCCUAGAAGCUGCCACACUGAUCUCCCACCAUCCAAGCAUUCGAUGAGGAUAAGGACCACUGGCCUGGGGUCCAGAUCUGCCCUGGACUACCCCCGUGUGAUCCUCAUGAAUGCCAGGCCCAGGAUUACACACAGCUCCCAGGAUCCCACCAGCCUCCCAUGAUCCCCCAUGAUCCUCAGAACCUCCCACGAUCCACCAUGCUCUCCAAAACAUUCCAUUAUCACCCAUGAUUCCCAGAACAUCCCAUGACCCCCAAUGAUCCCAAGAACCUACCAUGGGUCCCCCAAACCCCCCAUGAUCCCCAGAGCCUCCCAUUAUCCCCCAUGAUUGACAGGUCCCCGGCCACACCUCUGGCCACGCCCCAAUGGGCCCUGCCCCCAUCCCUGAUGAGAUAUGAAGAAACUGAACUGAGAUUAAAAGAAAACUUCAAAUUUUAAAUUUUUGAAUUUUUAAAAUAUUUUGAAUUUGAGUCACAAGUGUCGGCAUCAUCAAGGCAGAAAGAACAGAAGUGACUCAUUGAAAACGUGAAUUUUUAUUUCUAAGGGAAAUGUUGGCAAAACAUUUCAGAAUUUGUGGGAAAUUUCUCUCGUUAUGAUUCUGUAGGAGAAAAAAAAAGCCAGCGAGGUUUCCUCAGUUGAUCGGGAAUUUUCCCUAAUUGAUUCCCCCCCUCAAAAAAAGGAAAAUUUAAUUUCACUGAAAAGUAAGAAAAUUGAGAAUUUUAUUUGACUAAAAACAGGAUAAUUCCUGAUCAUAGCUGAGAAAAAGUGUUUGCUGGAAAAAAAAAAAACCUGGAAUUUCUGUCUCAGUAAUAACUGGACAGACAGAAUUCGAAUUUUGAAUCAAAAUUAAAUAAAUAAAAAAACAGGAAAAAGAAUCCAAAGAAACGAGUUUCAUCAGUGCCUGGCGGAGUCAUACAACCAAAUCCGAAAAAAAAAAAAGAAUUGAAACAGCCAAAGGGUCAUGUGCAAAAAAACAAACAAACAAACAAACAAACUGUGAAAGAAAUUUUUAAAAUUAAAAACGAAAAUGUAAAUAUUGAAAAAUAUAUCUUAUAAAAAACAAUCCAGGCAGAAAUUGGAAAAAGGGGCGGGAAACAAAAAAUAAAUUUAACAAAAAUAGGAAAAGUUUAAAAGCAGAUUUCAACUUGAGAGAAACCCUGGAUGGUUUUGUGGGAUGAAAAAUCAGAAUCUUAGUUUUGAGGAUCUUCUUGCACGGGGUUUGCAUAUUUUUCUGGUGGUAUUCUCACAAACCCCAAAAGAUCAGGAAUAAACAGACUCUUGUAAAUACAUGAGAUUCUUUUUAUUGUAAAUCAUUAUAAGCUGCAGCUUGGGCCCACACCCCCCACCACCAAAGCAGUGGGAGCCGAGCCCCCUGUGCUCAGGUUAGUUGGGUGAUUUUGAGAGACCAAAAGAUAAAUUAGCAGCUAUUCUUAAUACAUGAAGUAGGCACAUAAAGAAGUCCAGUAAUGCCCUGAGGGGAAGAGCCACCUCACUGCAUUCUUUCCCCACCCAUUAGAGAUACAGUUGCUAGGAAACUGGACCCUCCCUCUAGGGAGGGACACCAGGUCAUUAAUGGUCUGGGGACCUUCCGAUAGCCAAUCAGUUCAAAAUAUAGCAUUUUGACCAAUAGAUGCUUGCCAGGCAGGAAUCGCCCCUGCCUUGGGCAUGCUGGGAGGGACCAGAAUCUAUAUAUCACCCAACUAACCUGGGCACAGCGUGCUCAGCUCCCACCGCUUUGGUGGUGGCGGGUGUGGGCCCAAGCUGCAGCUUGUAAUUUACAAUAAAAGACCCUCAUGUGUUUUGCAAUGGAGUCUAUUCCUGUAGAUCUUUUGGGGGCUCUCGAACUGGGUGUAACAUAACUUAAUCUUUCAUUUUACUUUUUCCUACUGUCUUCGUCUGAGAAAUUUAACAAAAUAUUAAAAACAAAAUUGAAAAUUCUGAUCUGAA